AUGACCCUGGCCGCUCUGGCUUAUGAGCGCUACAUCCGGGUGGUGCAUGCUCAGGUGGUGGACUUCCCGUGGGCGUGGCGAGCCAUCGGCCACAUCUGGCUCUACUCUGCGGUCUGGACCGGGGCCCCGCUGAUGGGAUGGAACCGCUACACGCUGGAGGUGCACCGCCUCGGCUGCUCCCUGGACUGGGCCUCCAAAGACCCCAACGACGCCUCCUUCAUCCUGCUCUUCCUCCUCGCCUGCUUCUUUGUGCCGGUGGGAAUCAUGAUCUACUGCUACGGAAACAUCCUCUAUACUGUGAAAAUGCUUCGCUCCAUCGAGGACCUGCAGACGGUGCAGGUGGUUAAGCUGCUGCGCUACGAGAAGAAGGUGGCGGUGAUGUUCUUGCUGAUGAUCGGCUGCUUCCUGAUCUGUUGGACGCCGUACGCCGUGGUGUCGAUGCUGGAAGCCUUCGGACGCCACCGGAACAUGGUCUCGCCCACCGCCGCCAUCAUCCCCUCCUUCUUCGCCAAGUCCAGCACGGCCUACAACCCCCUCAUCUACGUCUUCAUGAGCCGCAAGUUCCGCCGCUGCCUGCUGCAGCUGCUGUGCUUGCGCCUGUCCGAGCUGCAGCGCGGGUUGAAAGAGCGCCCCCUGGAGCCCGUGGAGCGGCCCAUCAGGCCCAUCUACGUCCCGGACAGCAGCUGUGGCCCGCGGGACCGGCCCAAGAAGCGGGUCACCUUCAACUCCUCCUCCAUCGUCUUCAUCAUCACCAACGACCACCUGCAGCAGCUCGGCGCCCCCUCCAGGACAAGCAGCGACUCACAGGUCAACGUGAUCCAAGUGAGACCUCUGUGA